AAAAAAAAAUCAAAUUAUGUAAGAGAAAAAACUGCUAACGCGUACUCAUCUCUCAGUAAUGAUAAGGCGAAAUGGUAAGAAUGCUAAGGAUGUAUUGAGACGAUUCAUUAAACCGGUGGAAACAGAAGAGAAGACUGAUUUGUUUGCGGAGUUGUAUACGAAUUUGCAGGUAUCGUCCAAGCGAACGCUACCGUUGAGAAUCCCACCAUAUCUAGAAGGGCCAUUUCAAUUUCAUUCCAAGCACAACCAAGAUGAACUGUAUGUUGAGAUUCCUCGACUAUCAAUAACCAAGCUAUUGACUAAGAACUGGUGUGAGUUACAGAAGGCGUACGAAGUGUACGAAGGGUCAUUGAGCAAGCCGCAAACCAAGCAAAUGAAAUUAGGGAAUGAACACCACGAGAAAUUAGAAUUGAGUACUCACGAGUAUAAAGACGAAGAGCGGUUGAUCAAGUUUAUCAAUGAGCUACCGAGCAACGAGGUAUCUGAUAUUGGGACGGGUGAAUUUGAAUUGGGACAAGAGUGGUUUGAAAAAAUCAUUCUUCGGGUGUAUACGUUGUUGACCACCGGGUACGCACGAGAGAUGUUAGUGCAUGGGUACUUGGAUCUUGAACAGGGACAGUUCACCAAGGAUGGAGUAUUGGUAAGUGGGGUUAUUGAUUUCUUAAAGAUAGAAGGCGAUCAAAUGAGUGAGGAGGUUGAGUAUUACUUACAAGGGAAGACUCGGAUUGAAAUCGAUGAUUUCAUUAAAGAAAUGAAGAAAAUCAUCCCCAAGUAUCCGGAACAGGAGCUAGUGAUUGGAGAAAUGAAGACCCGGUCGUUCAGUCGCCUACCGAACCAGUCUUCGGUGAUUGAAGGAGCCAAAUUACAAGUGAGUUAUUACAGAAGGUUAUUGGAUAUAAUUUCGGGAGCCACCAGCUACCAAAUGAUGCUUACCAAUGCCAGUAGACGGCACCAGGACCUUGACCAGCCGAUUGGCCUCAAGCACGUAUUAAAGCUCUUGAUCAAGCACUGGUGGUUGAUUGGAGACGAUUUGAUGCAAAUGAAACUGGGGGUCUUCCGACCAUUGCCAACGCGUCCGUUGGCCAAUUAUGAUUUACAAAGCAUGAUUAACCGCCAGCAGAUCGAGGAACUCGAUCAGAUGAUGCAGGGGGAAAGCUGGUGGAGCCAGCUGCCACCGGUGCAAGAGAUAUUGGAGCCCUUUAUGGGACCAUGGCAACAGCCCUUGACACUAAGGUACUUUGCGCUUCGCAGUAGCCAUUUCUACCAAAUGUUGAGUCGAAUACCGGGACGAGACUUAGCUUUAGAGUAUCAUAAUAUCAAAACAGGACAAGUAUUCAGCAAACACCGAUUCCAGGCCAACGACGCCCAAGUCAGCAGCGAGUUGAAUAACGCCAGCAAAUUUUGGAAUGGGUCUAAGCGGAUACCGGAACCGGUUGAUGAUUUGAGUAAAUGCAACUACUGUCAGUACGAGGUCAAGUGUGCCAUACCUCGAAUGGCCAAGCAGACCGUGGGCGACAAGUCCAUUGGCGAUCUCAUCCAUCACUUCUUACAUCCAUAAUGUCCAAUAUCAUCAAAAGAAGUUAAUUUCAAUUAUUAGAAUUAUUUCUUCUGCAGACAUCGAUUCAAUUUCUGGGAUUCGUUUACCACGUAUACCUAUUUAAAGAUCUUCUUUUGCCGUAUACGUGGAGAUAAAGUCCCAACUACAUACUUCUCAUAAAUAAUUACUUGUAUUAAUAUAUACUUGGAUACCAC